UAUAAAUAGGUCAGACCGCUGGGCUUUCCCCACUCUUCCUGUCUCCCCAACCCUCUCUCCUCAGCGCUUCCUCUCUCUUGGACUGAUCUCGACUGCUACCAUGGCAUACCCUCUGGAGAAGGCCCUGGAUGUGAUGGUGUCUACCUUCCACAAGUACUCGGGCAAGGAAGGUGACAAGUUCAAGCUCAAUAAAUCGGAGCUGAAGGACCUGCUGACUCGGGAGAUGCCCAGCUUCUUGGGGAAAAGGACAGAUGAAGCAGCAUUCCAGAAACUGAUGAGCAACUUAGACAGCAACAAGGACAACGAGGUGGACUUCCAGGAGUACUGUGUCUUCCUCUCCUGCAUCGCCAUGAUGUGCAACGAGUUCUUCGAGGGCUUCCCUGAUAAGCAGCCCCGGAAGAAAUGAGGGCUCCUCAGAUGCGGUGGGAGCCUGCCAGCUGGGGUGUUCCCUGUGGGCAGUGGGCACAAGCCUCAUCCUGGCUCCUCCGGAUGUGUGCAGGAUGCUGAUCAAAUUCAAUAAAGAUUUUUGAAAACUA